AUGCCGAGCAUCUCCAAGGCAUUUGCCUUGGCUGCGUCCUUGCAGCUCAGCCAACUGGCCACGGCACAAACGACUUUAGGUAGCAGCGCAACCACGUCCGCGGACGAGGCCCAUGCCACCGUCGAGGCGGCAGGGGAGGUUGUUGACGGGGCCUUUGUGCUCACAGACGCCGUGCUGGCCAGCCUCACAGAAAAGGGCAUCUCAAAUGUGUCGCUCUUCGAGUUUGCCAGCGGCGGCAAACCACAGAAGCGUGCUGCAAGGGGCCAGUGCAAGACAGCUCCAGGCGAUUUUCUCUGGCCGGGGAGGACGAUCUGGGAGCUUUUCAAUCUACUGACCGGGGGCGCGAUCAUCCAAAAUGUCCCCCUCGCCUCGGUCUGCUACACCUCAUGGGGGAACUACGACGCACGCGAGUGCGCCCGAGUGACAGAGCAAUGGGCUGAUGUCGACCUGCACAUCAAGAGUCCCUCGGACGUCAUGUUCCCGAUGUGGGAGGGCAUGACCUGCCUCCCGCCCGAGAUCGAGGCCAACGAGCCGACAGGGGACUGCACUCUUGGGGGGUACCCAUCAUAUGUCGUCAACGCCACGACCGUCGCCCAGAUCCAGCUCGCCGUCAACCUCGCCCGGAAUCUGGAUCUCCGCCUGGUCGUCAAGAACACCGGGCAUGAUUUCAACGGCCGCUCUGCAGGAGCUGGUGCGCUCUCUAUCUGGAUGAAUUCAUGGAAGGAGGUUCAGUUCUAUGAGAAUUACGAAACUUCAACUUAUUCCGGGCCAGCCCUGAAGAUUGGCGCCGGGCUUGAGAACAAGGAGUUGUUCGCGGCUGCAGACGAGUACGGAGUGACUGCAGUUGGGGGCUUGUGCACCACCGUUGCUGCUGGAGGUGGUUAUAUGGCUGGCGGAGGGCAUGGGCCGAUGUCGUCGAGUCUUGGACUGGGUGCUGAUCAGGUACUGAGCAUCGACGUAGUGACACCAGACGGGCGCUUCGUCACCGCCAAUGAGACGCAGAACACGGAGCUGUUCUGGGCCCUACGGGGCGGCGGCGCAGGCACGAUCGGCGUCACCACCUCCUGGACGAUCAAGGCCGCCCCAAAGCUCUCCUCAGCCUCGGUCGUGAGCUUCGCCCUCGCCCCCGCGGGCAACGUCACCAGCGCCACGAUCUGGGAGGCAAUCAAGCUCUACCUGGGCAGCAUCCCCGCCUACAACGCGGCGGGACACUACUCGUACUUCAUCAUCGCCCCCGCAGGCACCGGCGCCGACGUGUCGUUCAUCAUGAGCGGCUGGUUCGCGCCCAAAACCACCAGCGCACGGCACCAGCAGCAGCUGGCGCCGCUGUUCCGGGCGUGGGAGGGCCUCGGCAUCCGCGUGGGGGCGCGGUGGCGCGAGUUCGACCGCUACCUCCCCGCGUGGCAGGCCCUCACGGACGCCGAGGCGGUGGGCUGGACGACCUCGCGCAGCGGCAGCCGCCUCGUGCCGGAGGACAGCCUCGUGGACCCCGGGAGGCUCGAGGCGACACACGCCGCCAUGCGGGAGCUGUUCGGCCGCGGCGGAGUCAGCUUCGUCGGCUAUGGUAUUAGUGGUGGGAGCCCCGGGGAGGACAACGCCGUCAACCCGGCGUGGCGCACCGCGGGGCUUCACCUCAUCGCGGCGGUGUCCUGGAGUGCCGACCUGUCGCUGGCUGAUGUGUCGGACCUGAGCGUUGAGUUCACGGAUGAGUGGCUUGCGCCGCUGAGGGAGAUCACCGAGGGCGCAUAUGCCAGCGAGGCUGAUAUCCUGGAGCCGGAGUGGCAGAAGUCGUUCUUUGGGAGCACUUAUGAUCGUCUGUACGGCUUCAAGCAGAAGAUCGACCCGGCUGGACUCUUCUACGCCCAUCAUGCUGUUGGAAGUGAGGACUGGUAUGUGACGGACCAGCUGGAGGGACUGCCCACUCAGAAUGGGCGGUUGUGUCGCGUGUAG